UGACGCGAGAGCCCAGGCGCGCCGGAGGCCGCGGAGAGAGCAACGAGAAGACAGGCCCCAUCCCAGGUCUGGCAGCCAGUGACCGAGCCAGGCGCCCGAGGCCCAGGCGUCUCCGGCAGCACCAUGCCUGCACUCCUGGAGCGUCCCAAGCUUUCCAACGCCAUGGCCAGGGCGCUGCACCGGCACAUCAUGAUGGAGCGGGAGCGCAAGCGGCAGGAGGAGGAAGAGGUGGACAAAAUGAUGGAACAGAAGAUGAAGGAGGAGCAGGAGAGAAGGAAGAAAAAAGAGAUGGAAGAAAGAAUGUCACUUGAGGAAACCAAAGAACAAAUUCUGAAGUUGCAGGAGAAGCUUUUGGCCCUCCAGGAAGAGAAGCACCAGCUUUUCCUGCAGCUUAAGAAAGUUUUGCAUGAGGAAGAAAAACGGAGGCGGAAGGAGCAGAGCGACCUUCCCACUCUGACCCCAGCGGCCUACCAGCAGGGCCUGACAGUUCACACAGGAACUCACCUUCUUAGCAUGCAGGGGAGCCCUGGAGGACAUAAUCGUCCAGGAACCCUCAUGUCAGCAGACAGAGCCAAACAGAUGUUUGGACCCCAAGUGCUUACGACUCGGCACUACGUGGGCUCAGCAGCUGCUUUCACAGGGACCCCAGAACAUGGGCAAUUCCAAGGCAGCCCAGGUAGUGCCUAUGGGACUGCUCAGCCUCCGCCUCACUAUGGGCCCACACAGCCAGCCUAUAGUCCUAGUCAGCAGCUCAGAGCACCUUCAGCAUUUCCUGCAGUGCAGUACCUUUCUCAGCCACAGCCUCAGCCCUAUGCCGUGCAUGGCCACUUUCAGCCUACCCAGACAGGGUUUCUACAGCCUGGGGGUGCCCUGUCCUUGCAAAAGCAGAUGGAACAUGCUAACCAACAGACUGGCUUCUCUGACUCAUCCUCCCUGCGUCCCAUGCACCCCCAGGCUCUGCAUCCAGCCCCUGGACUCCUUGCCUCCCCUCAACUCCCUGUGCAGAUGCAACCAGCAGGAAAGGCUUUGCCACUACCAGCCAACCUGGCCCUCGGCUCCCCUUCAUCCAACACAGCCAGAACCCUCGAUUCUACCACAAGUGAUCAUCAGAUUUUAUCUUCAGUCCAUCCCUCCAUCCCCCAUGGGUGAGGGUCUGCCCUAUGUGACCCAGGUCAAUAAAAUGUACCUACCACUCUCUCUGGCUGCUGUUUGUUUUGCUUCCCAGUCAGCUGUCGGAACUGCUUGGAGGGUGGAGGGAUGAC